GUCGUGUGUGUGUGCGCGCGAGCGCGUGUGACUCUUUUCUCUUUGGAAGCAUCGCCAACCCUCUGCCUCCUCUCUCUUUCUCUCCCUCCUCAAACCUUUCCAUACUCGGCCUCUCCUCUACUCUGCCGUUUACCUUUUUCCUUCCAUCCUCAAUCGCAUCCCGUUGUUGUCUGUGGACCGGGGGUUGAUCUUGUGUGCGCGUGUGUGCUGUCAUCGUCAGUCGCCGUCGUCGUCGCCGUUCGCCUGGAUUUACACGUGAAACCCGAAGUCGGCCUGCUUGCUGCCUUUGCGCGCGAACCAACCCGCAACCGCAGCCAAUUCCCCCCCUUCGCCGUCGCACAAUCCUUUCGCGGCUCGUCGCAAUCGCACAAGAAGCGCGACGACCUUUGUUAGCAUACAGAGACCCAAGGGGUAGAGUCAAGACCCGUGGUUCCUCCCAAUCGCUCCGUUGCGACGCCGCCGCGACUCUCACACAGAGACACCCGCCGCCGCAAUGCCUCGGACAAGUGACGGCAACAAAAAGCCGCCCACGGCGGCCGUCAACCUCAUCGCCGGAGGUGGUGCCGGCAUGAUGGAGGCUCUCGUCUGCCACCCCCUCGACACAAUCAAGGUGCGCAUGCAGCUCUCGCGCCGCGCGCGGCAGCCCGGCGCCCCCAAGCGCGGCUUCGUCAAGACGGGCGUCGAGAUCGUCAAGAAGGAGACGCCCCUCGGCCUGUACAAGGGCCUCGGCGCCGUGCUCACCGGCAUCGUCCCCAAGAUGGCCAUCCGCUUCACCUCCUUCGAGUCCUACAAGCAGCUCCUCGCCGACAAGUCCACCGGCGUCGUCUCCGGCCAGGCCACCUUCUUCGCCGGCCUCGCCGCCGGCGUCACCGAGGCCGUCGCCGUCGUCACCCCCAUGGAGGUCAUCAAGAUCCGCCUCCAGGCCCAGCACCACUCCAUGGCCGACCCCCUCGACGUCCCCAAGUACCGCAACGCCGCCCACGCCCUCUACACCGUCGUCCGCGAGGAAGGCUUCGGCGCCCUGUACCGCGGCGUGAGCCUGACCGCCCUGCGACAGGGCAGCAACCAGGCCGUCAACUUUACCGCGUACAGCUACUUCAAGGAGUGGCUCAAGGAAUGGCAGCCCCAGUACGAAGGUGUCAACCUGCCCGGCUGGCAGACCACCCUCAUCGGCCUCGUCAGCGGUGCCAUGGGCCCCCUGAGCAACGCUCCCAUCGAUACCAUCAAGACGCGCCUGCAAAAGACGCCCGCCGAGCCUGGCGUCAGUGCCUGGACGAGGAUAGCCCGCAUCUCGGGCGACAUGUUCAAGCAAGAAGGCUUCCACGCUUUUUACAAGGGCAUCACGCCUCGCAUCAUGCGCGUCGCCCCCGGCCAGGCCGUCACCUUCACCGUCUACGAAUAUCUCAAGGAUAAGCUGGAACGCAGCAACAUCGCUUUCGUCGGUGGCCAGUUUGAGGAAUAGGUGGGGGCGUGUGUUGUUUUGCUGGAGCGUGGCAUUGCAUAAGACAAGAAGACUUAGGGUCAGCCCUGUGCAUUUCUCGUCGUCGCAGCGCGGCACCCGUCUGCAUGGUGUACUCAGUGUUUCAUAGACCUGGAACUUUUCAUUUGGUAGUGAGCAAUUCAUCAAUUCUGUGGCUUCG